AUGACCUCGAUCACUCUCCCCCGCAGCCAUUCGCUGCUGUCUCUUCUCCUCAUUGUAGAGAUCAUUCAACUCUCUGCUAUGGCGCUUAUGCUAGCAUCCAACGCAAUUUCCGGCGUUGGGCUCUUUGUCUACAGAACCUCAGCUCGCCUUCACACAGCCUGUACCCAUUUCCUUUCAGACCAUGAGGUCCAAGAUUCCGAUGAUGGCAUUUCUCGCAAACGCCGCAGAGUCAGGCACCCCGAGGUUCCCAGCAACCAUGAGCAACCAGAACCAUCUAUCGCAACAGAGACAUUUCCUGACGUUGAUAACACUUCCGCCAUUUAUAAGGACGAAGGCAUCCUGGCGGAUGUCGCUGAGUACAUUGAUAGGGAGGAUACCGACUUUCUCGACUAUCUUGAUAAGGAGGCCAGUGAUCAGAGCAUGGACAGACGAGUUGUUUCUGCUGAAGUUGCCGCAUACCUCGACAGGAUGGAUAGCGAUCAAGACAUGGAACCAACCAACCCAUCUACCAACCAAAAAGAAAACCAAAGCAAAAGAGUGACUUUUGAUCUUACCGAAUACAAAAACAAACAAGUAACUUGGGAUCUUGCCGCAUAUCUUGCCAUGGACGACAGCGACGAUGAGAUGGAGCUAUUCGACGUCACUGCUAUCAAAACUGUCGAGCCUAAAAAGGAGAACGAUAUGUGGCUGGGAUCUGGGCCUCUGGUAUAUAAUAAGGCAAAACCAGGACCCUCACCAAGCGUUUCCUCCAUUGGCGACAUAUUUGAAGAGCUGGGCAUCUCACCCCUCGAUCUCAACGAUGGAUAUGAAGACGACGAACCCAAAAUUACUUGGCUUGACGACGAUGACGAGCUUAAGGAGCUUGCUAGAGGUUUAGCUCAGCGUUACCGAUCAGCUCGCGCAGGAAAGCAACCAGUUGCAGCACCACUAGCGCCAAAGCCCGAUCCUGCUGGACGAAUCGAAGAACUCUUGGCCUUGCCCUCUGUCGAAACUCUCAAGAUCAGCGACGAAUCAAAAGCCGAGGUGGAGACUUUGCAAGCAAAGGCAGCAGAAACUCGUCUGGUUGACCAACAACGCGAGAAACUGGCCAAGGAGAGACUCCUGCGAGACCAGGCCCUGCAAAAGCUGAAAGAAAGGACAGCCAAGGGACCUCGUCAACCCAUGGUGGCUCCUCUCAGCGACGAUUGGAUAGAGAAGAUUGCGAGCACGAUUGAGCUCUCAGAAAUAGACGUGGUGGCCACGACAUGCCAGGGAACACCUCUUCGCCGACACGAUUUCGCCACGGUGGUUGCAGCUAAGACCUGGCUGAACGACGAGAUCGUCAACGGAGCACUCGCAGAGUUGGAAAAACAAAUCAACUUGGUGGCUGGCAUCACCGACUAUAAGCAACAGGGUCGCAAAUGCCUUGUUAUGAACUCAUUUUUCUGGCCUCGAGUCAAAGAGGCGGGCGGCAAGAAGACACAAUCCAUUCUCCGUCGCAUGGGCGUCACUCCGAAGAAUCUCUUAUUGAUGGACACGAUCCUGAUUCCUAUUUGCCAAGAUUAUCACUGGACACUUGUGGUGGUUCAGCCCAAGCAACGAAAAGUGAUGCACCUCGACUCAUUCAACCGACGCUCAUCUCACCCCGAUCUGGCACUCGCAUGGAUGUCAGACUAUCUGGGCGAUCUCUAUCAUGCCAAGCCAUGGGAGGUGGUUGUUAUGAAGACCCCUCAACAGACCAACGGCUACGACUGCGGUGUACACGUCAUUACAAAUGGCGUCUGCCUUGCUCUGGGGCUCGACCCCCUCCAGAGCUACAAUGUGGGGGAAAUGGCCCUCCAAAGGCUGAGAAUCGCGGGAAUGUUGUUGAACGGGGGGUUUGUGGGGGACUUUGACCUCUGGCAGCAGUAA